UUGCACCGGGGGAGGAUACGCGCCUAUAUAACAACGAUGUUCCACUGAUUGGACGAAGUAAGCUACGUUUUCCUGCGCCUAGGGAACCCAGAGUACGCGGGCCCGAUCGGGCGGCACUGCGACAAUAUGAAAUUUCGCCCGAAAUGCGCGAUUGCGGUAGUUGUGCUACUGCAAGCCGUUCUUGUGGCGAGUAAGGCACUGGACCAAACACAGCUACAAUCACAAGUACAGCAACAAAUUCAAUAUGGUACCGUGGCACAAAAGCGAUGGGCAGAGGGACCAAGUGGAGGAGGAGGUGACUCUAGUGGACAUGGGGGUGGAGGUUAUGGAGGAGGUUAUGGAGGAGGCGGCGGUGAUUUUGGAGGUCACGGAGGUGGAGGAGGUUAUGGAGGAGGCGGCGGUGAUUUAGGAGGCCACGGAGGUGGAGGAGGUUAUGGAGGAGGCGGCGGUGAUUUAGGAGGCCACGGAGGUGGAGGAGGUUAUGGAGGAGGCGGCGGUGAUUUAGGAGGCCAUGGAGGUGGAGGUGGUGGCGAUUUUGGAGGUCAUGGAGGAGGCGGUGGCGGUGGUGACUUUGGUGGAGGAGACCACGGCGGUGAUAUAAGUGGAGGCGGUGGUUACGGUGGUGGUGGCGGCGGAGGAGGAGGUGGUGGUGGUGGUGACCACGACUCCGGCUACUGGAAAAAGAAACUCAUUUGGAAACCCGGUUGGAAGAAAAUCUGGAAACCAGUACAAAAGCAAAUAUGGAAACCGGCGUGGAAGAAAAUCUGGAAACCAGUUUGGGAACCAACAAAGAAAGCCAUCUGGAAGGAAAUACAGGUGCCGGCUUGGAAGAAAAUCUGGAAACCGGUUUGGAAAGAAAUUCAGGUUCCAGCGUGGAAGGAAAUAAAAGUGCCGGCCUGGAAGAAAAUAUGGAAACCCGUUUGGAUUCCGAUAAAGGUACCUGCUUGGAAGGAGAUUAAAGUUCCGGAUUGGAAGAAAGUUUACAAGCCAGUAUGGAAGGAGAUUAAAGUCUCAGCAUGGAAGGAAAUUCAGGUACCGGCGUGGAAGAAGAUUUGGGUACCCGAGUGGGUCAAGGUCGGUAUUCCCGGACCUCAUAAACUGGGAACUGAUGACCAUGGAUGGAUGUACACCAGUCAUGAUCUUUGGAAGAAGAAAUUGAUUUGGAAGCCAUUGUGGAAGAAGUAUUGGAAGACGGCCAAGAAGCAGGUUUGGAUUCCAGAUAAAAAAUUGGAAUGGAAAGAGGAGUGGAAGCAAAUUUGGAAGCCGGGGAAGAAACAAAUAUGGGUCGAUGACAAGAAGCUCAUUUGGAAGGAGGAUUGGAAACAAAUAUGGAAACCAGGAAAGAAGCAAAUCUGGGUACCAGACAAGAAGCUCGAGUGGAAGGAGGCUUGGAAGCAAAUCUGGAAGACGGAGAAGAAAUUGGAGUGGGUUCCUGAUAAGAAACUAGCGUGGAAGGAGGCUUGGAAGGAGAUUCAGGUUCCGGCUUGGAAGGAAAUUUGGGUACCAGCCUGGAAGAAGAUAUGGAAACCGGUUUGGAUAUCGGAAUGGUUCCCAAAUGAAGAUCACCAUCAUCAUAAAUCGUCAGGUUGGGAGGAUCGUAAAGACACGCAGAGUCAAGAUACGCAAUUGGUGCCUGCGACAUUGCAAGCCAUUGAGAAGCAGAAGGCGAAUCAAGUGCCUCAAGUGACGCAGUUGACUGGUGAUAACCAGAUUCGAUGGGACAGAUCGGCUCAAGUUCAGGGACAAGGACAGUUGCUUUCGAUCACUCAGGAUCUGAAACCGCCGCCACUGCCGACAAAUUUGAACAGCGAGAUAGCCAAUUUCCAGGACUUCUCGAAAUCCUAGAGUUAGGAAAAGUAUUUUAGUCCCUCGUGAGAAAAUCUUGUACAAAAAAAAAUCUUCGUGAAGAAAACAUUUUGUUUGUAACAUAAGCCACUGUACAUAUUAAUUUUAAGGUUUCUUAAGACGUACGAAGUAAGGUACUUAUCGAGCACUCUACUUGACUGAAUGAUUUUUUAUUUUUAUUAUUAUUUUCUUUUUACUUUUAAAGGAUCUGCAGAGUCCUUUGGAAAUUCUUUUGCGUUGAACGUUAUUGCUUUCAAAUAUUUUGAUACACACGUUGUUGUAUUUCUGUUAAUAAAUUCGUUAACGAAUAAAGAUAAUACAUAUUUUGUUAA